CGCUCUCGCUCUCAAUUCUUAAUCAGCAUUUACGUUUUAUAUUUGUGCUCGUAGGCUGUAAUUUUAAAAAAGACACCUUGCAUAUAUGCAUGUUAUCCAAUCACUCACAUAAACCCCUGAGGCUUGUACGUUUUUGGUCUCAAUUCACUAUCGAUAUUUACGUUUGCGUUUUCAAUUCUCGCUUUCUUUAAUUUUACUACUACUACUACAACUUAUAGAUCCAGAACAGCAGAACAAGAACACCCAAUAGACAGACCAAGUGGGAAAGAAAGAUGGCGAAGACGGACGGAGCUCAACGGCCGACAAUCACGCUCCCGCCACGGUCAUCAAUCGAGACCCUUUUCACCGGUUUGAGCCCCGGUCCGUUAACCCUCGUGUCCAACUUCUUCUCCGAUUACGAUAACUGCCCCGAAUCCGACUGCCGCUCCUUCUCUCAGCUCCUCGCCGGCGCCAUGGCUUCUCCGGUCGCCGCCGCCGGUACCCCCAAGCUACCCAACUUUUUUCCCGACAAUUCGGCCAAGGAAGGAGGGAAUUCUGGUGAAGAGAAAUUAGGGUUUAAGCAGAACCGACCGGUGAAUUUAGUGGUUGGGAAUUCUUCUUCUACUCAUCCUCCUCAUGUGUUUAUGAUUCCUCCUGGGUUGAGUCCUUCUGGUUUUCUUAACUCGCCGGGUUUCUUCUCGCCUCUCCAGAGCCCCUUUGGAAUGACCCACCAGCAGGCCCUUGCUCAAGUUACGGCUCUUGCAACAUUAUCCCAAUCUUUGAUGCAAGCUGAACAUCAACCUUCUUCGCUAGCUACUUCUGAAGCAGAAUCAUGGUCACAAUAUCAAUCCUUUCCUUCCAACACAACAAUCCAACAACAGGUGCAUUCUGUGAUAUCAGAACCUGAAAAUUCCUUUAUGGAAUCAUCAGAAGCUUCUCAAUCCGAGAGGAAAUGUCAACCCCCUCCUGCUACUGUGGACAAACCUGGGAAUGACGGGUACAACUGGCGAAAAUACGGGCAGAAACAGGUCAAGGCAAGCGAAUAUCCGCGAAGCUACUAUAAGUGUACGGAGCUCAAUUGCCCUGUCAAGAAGAAGGUUGAGCGUAAUUUUGAUGGGAAGAUAUCUGAAAUUACGUACAAAGGCCAGCACAAUCACGAACUUCCACAAUCCAACAAACGUGCUAAGGAUGGAACCCGCAUGAAACAAAAUACAAAAAAUCAGUCAGUGCCGGAACUUGGUUUGGUGGGUGAGACAGAAACGAGCACUUCAAAUGAAACUUUUCAUUCAGUUUCUGAGAGAGACCAGAGUCACCAGACAUCUACCCAACUGACACUUGUUCAAUUGCCGGAAUCAACAGAGAACAUUAAAAUGAGUAACGCUGAAAUAGUACCUAAUGAGGGCAAUGAUGAUGAACCGAAUCCCAAAAGAAGGAACACAGAGGUUGGGACUUCUGAGCUAACUUCGUCGCAUAAAACGGUCACAGAAGCCAGGAUUGUUGUGCAGACAAGGAGUGAAGUUGAUCUUUUGGAUGAUGGGUUCAAGUGGAGAAAAUAUGGGCAGAAAGUGGUCAAGGGAAAUGCUCAUCCAAGGAGUUAUUACAAAUGCACUUAUGCAGGAUGCAAUGUUCGUAAGCAUGUUGAGAGGGCUUCCUCAGAUCCCAAAGCUGUUGUAACCACAUACGAAGGGAAGCAUAACCAUGAUGUUCCUACAGCCAGAAAGUCUAGUAACAACACAGCAAAUAGUAACACAUUGCAGUUGAAAACACACACGGUAGUUGCUAAGAAACCUGCUCUACGUGAAGAAAUGGAAUUUGGAAGCAAUGAUCGAAGGGCAGUUUUUGUACCUCUGAAAGAAGAGCAAAUCAUGGCAUAAUCUUCAUGGGAAAAUCUUAAGAGGCAAUCAGUGACCUCUCCCAAUGCCCAUUCUAGCAAGAUGGAGUAUUGAGAAGAGAAACUAUUCUUGAAGGCUUAUUGUCACUCCAAUAAGUAGGACCGCUGAAUGUAUACUACAUGCAUCUCAUCUGGCCAAAAAACGGAAAGGGGGAGAAAAAAAAAGGAAAAAGAAAAGAAAGAAACACGUUGUGUGCUAUAUGUAGCUGCAUCACAUUGUCCUCUGUAUGUGUAAAAUCAGAGCUGGUGGUGUAUGUUGUUUGUAUUUUGCCGAGUGUAUGAAGAAUAUGUUUAAUCGUUUAUAUUUGAAGUUCAUGUUGAGCUUCUCACUUGUCUUGUUGAUCCCACAUAGCAGGCUUAGUGCUCAUAGCUGGCAACAGGGUAUGGCUCAUUUGUGUGAUUUCCAAAUGCAUAAGCCUAUCUGGGCAAAUAAAGCUUGUUCUACCAUCUGGCACCAUCUAUUGUGUGCAGUGAUAAAGUUUAGUGCAAGAUUACUGA